UAGAAAACAUCAUCAGUUUCACUCCUUGGUCAGUAGAGGAGCUGAUCAACCCUAGUUCUCGCUCCUUCACUCUCUCUAGUCUCUUCAAUUAUAUAUUGCUGUUUCUCAAUCGUUACCACUUCCAUUCUCGACAUCCAUACUGCUGCAAGAUGUCGAUGUCCAAGGGUUCUAAAAUGCUUCAGUACAUCAAUUACCGGAUGCGAGUCACGAUUCAGGACGGUCGUCAGCUUAUCGGAAAGUUCAUGGCUUUCGACCGCCAUAUGAACCUCGUUCUCGGUGACUGUGAGGAAUUCCGCAAGCUUCCACCUGCUAAAGGUAAGAAGAACGAGGAGCGUGAAGAACGCCGUACCCUUGGUCUUGUUCUCGUUCGCGGUGAAGAAGUUAUCUCCAUGACCGUCGAAGGACCUCCUCCUCCAGAAGAAUCUCGUGCCAAGGCUGUUGGAGCUGCAGCUAUGGCUGGUCCAGGAAUUGGUCGCGCAUCUGGACGGGGUGUCCCUACUGCUCCUUUAAUCCAGGCGCAGCCGGGACUUUCUGGUCCUGUACGUGGUAUUGGAGGCCCAGCUCCUGGUAUGAUGCAGCCACAGAUGGCUCGCCCUCCGAUUCCUCAGCUUUCUGCUCCACCCAUUUCUUACCCGCCUUCAUCUGCUCCGGUGAUGCGUCCUCCUGGACAGGUUCCAUCUGGGUAUCCGGGACAACCUCCACAACAAAUGACAAGAGGUCCACCACCUGGGAUGCCGCCUCAAUUUCCUCCUAGGCCAGGAACUGGGCCUCCGCAAUUUUCUAUGCCUCCACCACCUUUUGGGCAACGUCCAAUGGUUCCUCCUCCACAGAUGAUGAGAGGGCCGCCGCCUCCAGGUCAAGCUCCUCACCCAGGGAUGCCUGGCAUGCCACCUCCUCGGCCUGGAAUGCCUCCUCCACCUGGUGGCUCUGCUGUUCCUAUUUUUGGUCCUCCUCGUCCUGGUAUGCCGCCUCCACCCAAUCAGCAUCAGCAACACAAUCAGCAGCAGUAAUUCGGGAGAAGCGAUCGUUGUCGGGGUUUGGUCAUGAUAUUUUGAAAUUUAGUAGCAAUUUGUAUUAUUCCGGAUAGUGGUUUAAUCUAGGGCUGGCUGAAUAUUGUAAGAGUUUUACUAGUGCGACUGUUUGUUCAAAUUGAGUUCAGACACUUUUUUUUCUACUUAAAAUAUAUCUCUCAUUUUCAAA